UAGAAAUCAUAUCAGCAUAAUUUGUUGAAAAGAAAACGAAGUUUUAGGUUUGGUGACCAAUUCUUUUCACAUAUUGUUGCGUUUUGGAAUUGUAGUAGAGGAGCAAGAGUGUGUUGAAGUGAUUUAAUGUUAUUCAGUUUUUGGAAUAGGAUUUCUAUUUGCGUAUCUCAUGUUUUUAGUUACUAAAUAAAAUACAAAAAUUGCCGUCAAAGUGAAAAGCCCCGAAUUCUAUGAAAUACCAAAAAUUUUAAUCAUGUCUACGGACUUAGAAUCUAAAGAUGACGUCAAAGUUCAAGAGCCUAAGAAACCCUUCAAGGUUGUAUUUAAAGAGCAAUGGCCUUUAGGUGUUAAAAUUUUAGAAUUGUUGAUUUGUGCCAUUUGUAUGGCUUUUAUCUAUGACCCUGCAACGACCUCUGGUUUAGGUAAGACCCAUAUGAUUCACGUCGGAAUUAUGUACACCGCUUACACAGGAUUCAUGGUAAUUAAUGGUGUUCUAAUUAUUGGAAGGUCUCUUGGUGACAGAAUUCCGUAUAGAACGGUCUCAUUGUUCGCUUUAAUGGGAGCUGCUCUCUUUCUAAUAACGUGUAUUCUUCUAACCGUCGAUCGAUUUUAUUUGAUGAAACAUUAUUUCUACCACCCAAACAUGCACCUUCUAACGAUGAUGACAACAUCAAUUGUCUUUGCAUUUAUUAACGUCGUAGUAUUCUCAGCAGAUGCAAUGUUCACAUUUAUACGAAAAGAAGACUUUUGAAUAUUUUAAGGGACACAACUGAACUUUAAUAAUAUUUAUCACAGGAGUCAUGGACUAGAUAUAAAUAAUAUAUGUAUAUAAUUAUAUAUGUAGCAAAUAAUGUAAAGAUGAUCAAGUAUUCACUAUAAAUACUUUGUGCUCGAGAAAGUUUAAUAACGAAAUCAGAUUUUUAAGAAAAAAAAAGUCAAUAACUAUAUACGUAAGUUAUAAUUUGAUCAAAUGUAAAAUAUCUGACGGCUGGAGAUAUCACGGGGUUAUGAGAACGGAGCUCAAACACUAUAAAGACGGGUGAAUGUGUUAUAAGUGAUGAUUGAGUAAAGACAAGUAUGUAGCAAAUAUAAAAAGCUUGAUCUUGAUCUACGUUGGCGACAGAAGGAGCUCGACAAGACCGACAAAAGCUCAAACUAAUGUGUAAGCAUAGCCGCUGGUGUCGCUUGCAAAAUGAAGGAUAUAUAAACAAAAAUUUGGUAUUUAUUCAAUAUUAUCAAAGUGGUUUUAAACCUAAAAUUUUAAUAAUAUUUACAUUUUUUACUAAAAAGCAACUAGCAGAUCAAUUAUGUGUUAUAAUUUCACUAUGUAUAGGCCUAAUCACUAUAAAUAGUUUGAAUAUUUACAAGAUUAUUAAUAGUGAAACUUAUAGUAAAUUGAGGAUUUAUUUUAUUCAACGUUUUUCUCAAAGUCCAAUAUUUUCUGUCACUUUUCAUAGGUAAAAUGGCCAAGCUUUUGUACUAAAUGAAACAAAUCUUCCACAAUAUGAAUCUCUGCAAAUAUUCACAUUCAAGUAUCAUAUCAAAAAAUUACCAGAUUAAACAUUAAAAGAUUAAUCAAAAGUUCAACAAUUUUUUCCGUCUUUUAUCUUUGGAGAUUGUCGUUAAAGUGAUUGUUUCAAGAAUUAUUCAACGAAUCACCCGUAACGCCAGUGCACGUAGAACAAGUUGAAGCAUUCUGGCGAAUCAAGCGUUCCGCUAGGGACCUAAAGCAUCUCUAAUAUUGGUGAGUACUACUGAUCAAUCAUCUGGAUUUCCUUGUUAACAACGUGCAGUAUUUAAUAUUUAAGUCAUAAUACCGUUUUCUUGUCCUCAAACAUUUACUGUUGUAACACACCACGUUAUAAGUUCACCAAUCAUAAACGUAUUUAAGAGGAAGAAAAGGAGUACAUUCCCCUCCCCCUGGAGUAUUUAUAUUCUAUUAAAACUGUAAAGUCAAGAUUGUAUAUAGAUUAAAUAUAUUAAACGAAAUUUAGAAAAUGUACCAUUAAAUUGUAAUUGUUUGCUUAGUCUAACCGUUGAGAAACAUGAUAAAACUUACGGAAUAGUGUAUUAUUCACAAGUGUAUAAUAGCGGUCAUUAUUAAGUAAAUAAUAACUCAUUAUAGGCGAGUAGAAUACUAUACUUUAUCCACGAUUACUGAAUAUUUUUGUUUUUUUUAAUGAAAAUAAGUUAAUGUUACAUUAUUAGAAACAUUAUUAUUUUAUUCUAACAAAUAUUUCAUACACUAUAUUAUUGUUGAUUUAAACAUAGUAUAUAGUUAUCGAAAAUCAUAAUAAUCGGCACACAAAAAUCUAAGCAUUUGUUUAACAAAUAUUAGGUAUCUAAUCUUACGAAAGAAUUGUAUUUAUUUAUACUUAUUAAUAAUCCUUUUUGCCAAUUCAAAAUUCUUAUGCCAUACCUAUUAUAUUAUACGUUCCUUGACUUUUCUGGUAACAAAUUUAAUGAGGUAACUUGGGUAGCUUCUCCAAUUUCUAAUGGUGUUGAAGAGAAGUCACUAUCAUUUUUCUUAUGUCCAUUUUUUUUGGUUUUGUUAUAAUUUAAUAUAAAAUCUUAAAACGCGAGAAAUCUAAACACAUAAUAAUUUUGACAGGAUCAAAUCAAAUUUAUUUUGUUCCAAGAGCUACUUCAAAAUAAAAUUGUUUUAAAAGCCAUGAGUUAAUGCUCCGUGGAUUCAAAUGGAGGUCUCGUUUUCAAAUCUAGUCCAGUAAAAUUUGAUUUUUUAAUUUUGUUUUAUGUGCAGAUCUAAAUUGAACAUAUUUAGUGAGGUCAUACAUGCUAAAAUUAUAAAAAUCUGUUUUUAUAGUCAAAUCAAGAAAGCAUCUGAAAGCAGUGAUUAAUGAUUCAUUUUCACUGCCGUGAUUGAUGGAUAUUAUUAAGGUCGUGGAUAAAAGAAUGUUAUUCUACAUGUUAGUUUGGUAGUUUCAAUUCUGUAAAUAGAACUUUUGAUAUUGGUUAUUAAUAUUAUUUGAUAUUUUGUAUGUAUUCAUAUAUCACGUAAAUCUUUCCGAGGUGUGUAAUUACAUAGUUUUCGAUUACUGUUCUAUAGAAAGCUUAAUCUAUGUUUGUAUUGCUUGAUUUCGUGUGUAUCCUGUCGACACGUGCACUGUGUUCAAACAGAAUAUUUGAUGUUUCAUAUUUAACACAUAAUUUGAUAACUGUUUUAGGUUUUCAUUAUGCUUAUAUUGAAAUUAACAGAUGAAACUACUUUAAAUCUAAUUACUUUUCCCCAGAAACUGCAGUGUGCAAGUCGAGAACAGUAAGACAUCCAAUGUAGUGAACUUCACCAGACAUAUACCGACUAUACAAACUGCAAAAUUAAUGUUCCAAAGGCCAUAAUUUACCAUAUUUCCUUGAUUGUGCUAUUCAAAAUUAAAACAGCACAUAAAUAUUGUGAAAAUAACAAAGGUGUAGUAAAAAAGGAGAUUUAAAUGAAACUUAAUUUUAUCGUCUAUUAAUCCUUCAUUGAGUAAAAAAAAAGAAGUUGGAAAAUCAUGAAACGAUUAUGAGGAUAAUUAUAUUCUGCAUGAAGAUUUUUCAAACUUGUAUCUGUUACCUACACUAUCAAAAAUAUGGCAAUCAAUUGGAAGGUACAAGAAUUAGAUGGGACCAGGUGAUUGGAGAUUGAUGCUUGACUUGCUUAAAAUCAUCUAUAAAGCUUUAAGAGAAAUAAAACAUCCUGAUCCAGAUGCUGAUACUUCAGGCAAAACUUACUAAUUAUUAUCUAUUAAAAAAGUGCUCUUGAUAUGAGGAUAAAAUAGGAAUGUAAGUUUAUUUCCUAAAAUGUAACUCAUUGAACCAGAAAAAUACUAUUAAUACUCAGUUUUCUUUUUCUUUCUGGAUUAUUUUGUGUAUUAGCUAAUUAGCUCAAUGUAGGAUUUCUUCACCAAGGCCGUUGUUAAAGUGUCUCCAGUUACAUCUCCAACAUCAUUGUUAUGAUUACAAAAUACAAAAUACAUAUGUUAUAAUGACAGAAUUUUAGCCUAAUGAACUGAAUUGAUAAUUUGGAUAAGGAAAUGUGUACAGUAUUAAAACAGAGACCAAAAUCUUUUAUUUCUUGUUUGAACUAAUGUAAUAAAUGUAUACCUUCGUUUCUGCACAAGAUUUUGUAAUUUGGUGCCAGGAUUUCUGUUAAAAUUGCAACAUGUGAUAAUAAGCCGUUUCCGAGAUUAAAAAAAAUCAAAUAUCGAAUUUGCCAUGAAAAAAUACACUACUUAUUCGUU